AUGGGACAAAGAAGUGGACGACAGGAAAGAAGCAAGAAACUAGAGCUGGCGCUAAGUGAGACCAUGAAGGCAGGAACAGAAGUACAGAAUAAUAAAGAGGAAGUCGAAGAGCCAAAGGCCAAAGACCAGAGGCCAACAUCAGUCUUUGGCGUGGCAGACUUAAAAAAUGGAGCUAUUGGACUGUACAACGUUGGACAGACCUGCUGUCUGAACUCUGUGCUCCAGGUGUUCUUCAUGAAUAUACACUUCACUGGCAUACUCCGAAGGAUCACAGUGCCGCCACAUGAUGCGCAGAAGAGGAGGAAUGUCCCGUACCAAAUGCUGCUGCUGUUGGAGGAGAUGCAGUGUGGCAAGCAGAAAGCUGUUUCUCCCCUGGACUUCGCUUGCUGUCUUUCAGCAUACCAAGUGAAACUGUUUGUGCAGCAUGAUGCUGCCCAGCUCUUUCUGACUAUCUGGAACUUGAUAAAGAGGCAGAUGAAAAAGCCAGAGCUGGUUGAAGACCUGAACGAUUUGUAUGCAAUCUGUGUACAGGAGCACCUGGCCUGUCAGAAAUGCUCUUUUGAAACAAAAAGGAACAGCAGCAUGUUAACACUUCCCCUCCCAGUGCUGGAUUCCAACUCUCGCAUCCUGAGGACUCUGGAGGACUCUCUGCAGUACUUCUUCCGUCCAGAACAGCUGACUGAUCACAACAUGUGUUUCUGCGAACACUGUGGAAGGAAAACACCUUUUCUGCAGAGCAUGAAGCUUGUCCAUCUGCCACAGACUCUGACCAUACACCUGAAGCGCUUCUGCUUCAAAAAAUCAGCCUACAUUCACAAGCUUAGCCACUACCUGCCAUUUCCACAGGACCUUGAUUUCAGUGCAGUCCUGACAAAAAAUCAGUGCCAAGCAGAUGACCAUGAAAAGGCUGCCUGGCAAUAUGAGCUUUUUGCCGUUGUUGCUCAUUCCGGAUCAACUAGCUAUGGACACUACUGUGCCUAUAUUCGAAGUAUGACAGAGUGUCAAUGGUAUUGCUUCAACGAUUCUGAGGUGUGCCAGGUAUCGUGGGAUGAUGUUAAAUGCACCUAUGGACAUUCCAACCUCCUCUGGGGACAAACAGCCUACCUCUUGAUUUACAUGAAAAAACAUCCUCGUAGCCUUACCUAG